AUGGCUUUCUCCUAUUGCCACUCCCUCUUCCCCCCUCUUCAGCCUCAAAACCCAAAACCCGCAAACUUCAAAAAUCUCAAGCUCCCCCGCAACAAGAGCAGCCUCAGGUCACCUAGCAACCUCAUACCUUGGAACUCCCUGAUCACAAAACACCGUCGACAAGGAUCCAUACAAGCGGCCUUGCUUACGUUUUUCGAACUACGGAAGUCAGGGAUACCACCCGACAGCUUCACCCUCUCUGUGCUCAUUUCUGUUGUCCAAGAGCUGGCCGAUAUCUCUCUCGGUUGCCAGGUCCACGCUCUCUCCAUCAAGUUCGGAUAUUGGGGAGAAGAAUUUGUCGCCAACUCUCUGAUUCAAAUGUACGCUUCCUUCGAAACGAUCGACAAUGCUCUCCGUGUUUUCGAGGGGAUGUCAGAUUCAGCCAGUGUGGUGUCUUGGAACUCCAUGAUUGCGGAGUUUGUAAGUAGUGAGCUCUUCUCUGGUGGUCUGAAACUUUACGGAGACAUGCAACGUGUAGGAGUUGAACCGACUCCUACAACUCUGAGCAGCGUAUUGAAAUCUUGCGCUAAUCUUAAAGCGGUAUCUGAGGGUAAACAAGUACACGCUCAAGUUAUCGUUCGCGGGUUCGUUCCUAAUGAGAUUCUAGAAACUGUUCUUGUUGACUUCCACUGCAGAUGUGGAGAGGUUGAGAAUGGUAGGUUGGUUUUCAAUCAAAUGAAGAACAGAAAUGUCUUCUCUUGGAAUUCUAUGAUCAGAGGUUGUUCUCAAAUUGGUUAUAGAGAAGAAGCUUUGAUGUGUUUUCAGGCAAUGAGAAGAGGGGGGAUAACUCCGGAUAAAUUCACAUAUAAUGCGAUACUGGCUGCAGCUGCAACUGAAGAAGACAACCACAAUCUUCCUAGAGAGUUCAGAUUGAUACAUGCUUCUGUUAUCAAAGCAGGCUUGGUAAUGGACAGAUUCAUCGGUACUUCUUUGAUCGCCGUGUACUCAAGAAACCAUUGUUUACGAGAAGCAAAGCUGGCGUUCGAGGAUACAAAUUCUACAGAUAUGGCUGUCUGGUCUUCCAUGAUUUCUGCAACUGUAAAGAACAGAGAAGGCCAAGAAGCUAUCAAUCUAUUCGUCAGGAUGUUAGGACUGAGGAUUGAACCUAACUCUUACAUUUUUUCGAGCCUCUUCUUGGCUUGCAGUGAUCUUUCAGCAAUUGAGGUUGGCAAACAAAUCCAUGGCUAUAGUUUCAAGAUCAUAAAUUCUCUGGACUCUGCAGCGAAAAAUUCACUCAUGACCAUGUACUCAAACUGUGGAUUUCUAACAGAAGCAAUGACAAUGUUCGAUUCUAUAUCAAACCCACAUCUAGUAUCUUUCAACUCCAUGAUCUCAGUACUAGCACAGCAUGGACUCCCUAAUGAAGCUUCUAAAGCCUUUAAAGAUAUGGAGUCCUUUGGCCUGAAACCUGAUGAUAUCACUCUACUAAACCUCCUCUCAGCCUUCAACCAUGCCGGUUUAGUUUCUGAAGGCCUAGAACUGUUCGCUUCAAUGGAAAAAAUGCAUGGUGUUAAACCUAAAUAUCAACACUAUGCUUGUAUAAUUGAUAUGCUGGCUCGUGCAGGAGAGAUCGAUCAAGCCAUCGGGCUCAUCAAUCAAAUGCCAUUCAGACCUGAGCCAUCAUUGUGGAGGAUUGUACUUGGAGCUUGUGGUAAGCACCAAAACAUAGGUAUCGGAGUGCAGGUUGCAGAAAAAUUGAUCGAGUUGGAACCACAUGAAGCGACAAAUUAUGUACUCAUUGCGAAUGUGUAUGCUAGAUUGGGGAGAUUGGCAGAAGCUGAAAAUAUAAGACAUUUGAUGCGAGAUAAAGGACUGAAGAAGGAGGAAGGUCUUAGUUGGAUAGAGAUCAAGAGAAAGAUGUAUAAGUUCAGAGUCGAAGAUAAAUCACAUCCCCAAUCAAAAGAGAUCUACGACAAGUUAAGAGACUUGAUGAACAAAAUAACAUCGACCGGCUAUGAACCAGAUGUGAGCUUCACAGUUCAUGACAUAGAAGAAGAGAGAAGAGAAGAGUCACUUUGGUACCAUGCAGAGAAGCUGGCAUUUGCAUUUGGGGUUAUUUCAACUGGCGAAGGGGUGAAGCUUAGGAUAAUGAAGAACCUUAGAGUGUGUGGAGACUGUCAUAGUGCUUUUAAGCAUUUCUCUCUGAUCACUAAGAGAGAGAUUUUGUUGAAGGACAACUACAGGUUUCAUCAUUUCAGAGAUGGGGCGUGUUCUUGUGGAGAUUAUUGGUGA